AAGGAGAAGGAGAAGAAGAAAGAGGAGGAGGAGGCGGCGGCGGCGGCGGAGGAGGAGAGAGGCGCCACGCCGCCCGCGCACCCUCCGCAGCCAUGUACGCGGCCGGGGGAGCUGCCCCCGUCGCCCCGGGGCCCGGCGUACUUGCAACACCUCCAUCUUUGCCACCUCCAGUACAGGCAUUUGCAUUCAAACCUCCUCCUCGACCUGAUUUUGGUACUUCAGGGAGAACAAUCAAACUACAAGCCAACUUUUUUGAAAUGGACAUUCCCAAAAUUGACAUCUAUCAUUACGAAUUGGAUAUAAAGCCAGAGAAGUGCCCUAGAAGAGUUAACAGAGAAAUAGUUGAACACAUGGUCCAGCACUUUAAAGCACAGAUAUUUGGGGAUCGCAAGCCAGUAUUUGAUGGAAGAAAAAACCUCUAUACAGCUAUGCCACUUCCUAUAGGGAGAGAUAAACAGGUGGAAUUGGAGGUCACAUUGCCAGGAGAAGGGAAGGACAGAAUAUUUAAAGUGGCGAUAAAGUGGAUGUCAGGUGUGAGUUUGCAGGCCUUACAUGAUGCUCUCUCUGGUCGUCUUCCAAGUGUUCCUUUUGAAACAAUUCAAGCACUGGAUGUAGUAAUGAGGCACCUGCCUUCUAUGAGGUACACUCCUGUAGGCCGGUCCUUUUUUACUGCAUCAGAAGGAUGCUCUAAUCCCUUGGGUGGGGGCAGAGAAGUUUGGUUUGGAUUUCAUCAGUCAGUUAGGCCUUCACUGUGGAAAAUGAUGCUUAACAUUGAUGUAUCUGCAACAGCGUUUUACAAGGCACAGCCAGUAAUUGAAUUUGUAUGUGAAGUUCUGGAUUUCAAAAGUAUUGAAGAACAACAGAAACCUCUGACAGAUUCCCAAAGGGUUAAGUUUACCAAAGAAAUUAAAGGUCUGAAAGUGGAAAUCACUCAUUGCGGGCAAAUGAAGAGAAAAUACCGAGUAUGCAAUGUUACCAGGCGACCAGCAAGUCACCAAACAUUCCCACUUCAGCAAGAGAGUGGACAGACAGUUGAAUGCACUGUAGCUCAAUAUUUUAAGGAUAGGCACAAGUUGGUAUUACGCUACCCUCAUCUUCCAUGUUUACAAGUUGGACAAGAACAGAAACACACAUACCUUCCUCUAGAGGUAUGCAACAUAGUGGCAGGGCAGAGGUGUAUAAAGAAGCUGACAGACAAUCAAACUUCCACUAUGAUAAGGGCAACUGCUAGAUCAGCACCAGACCGUCAAGAAGAGAUUAGCAAACUGAUGCGAAGUGCAAGUUUUAAUACUGACCCUUUUGUUCGUGAAUUUGGAAUUAUGGUCAAAGAUGAAAUGACUGAUGUGACUGGUCGGGUCCUGCAGCCUCCUUCAAUUCUGUAUGGAGGCAGGAACAAAGCAAUUGCUACACCCGUACAAGGAGUUUGGGAUAUGAGGAACAAGCAGUUUCACACUGGUAUUGAAAUAAAAGUCUGGGCAAUUGCUUGCUUUGCUCCACAGCGACAGUGCACUGAAGUCCACCUUAAGUCCUUCACAGAACAACUGAGAAAGAUAUCAAGAGAUGCAGGAAUGCCCAUCCAGGGUCAGCCCUGUUUCUGUAAAUAUGCCCAGGGAGCUGAUAGUGUGGAGCCAAUGUUCCGACAUCUAAAGAACACCUAUGCUGGGUUGCAGCUCGUGGUAGUCAUUUUACCUGGAAAAACACCAGUUUAUGCGGAGGUGAAGCGUGUUGGGGAUACUGUGUUGGGCAUGGCUACGCAAUGUGUACAGAUGAAAAAUGUGCAAAGGACAACACCACAAACUCUUUCCAAUCUGUGCUUAAAAAUCAAUGUCAAACUGGGAGGCGUAAAUAACAUUUUACUGCCUCAGGGAAGGCCUCCAGUAUUUCAGCAGCCUGUAAUUUUUCUGGGUGCAGAUGUCACUCAUCCACCAGCUGGAGAUGGGAAAAAACCAUCCAUUGCUGCUGUUGUAGGCAGCAUGGAUGCCCACCCUAAUCGAUACUGUGCCACUGUGAGAGUCCAGCAGCACCGUCAGGAAAUCAUACAAGAUUUGGCCGCCAUGGUUAGGGAGCUGCUGAUUCAGUUCUACAAGUCAACACGAUUCAAGCCAACUCGGAUUAUUUUCUACAGAGAUGGUGUUUCUGAGGGGCAGUUUCAACAGGUUCUCCAUCAUGAAUUGCUGGCUAUUAGAGAAGCGUGCAUUAAGCUAGAAAAAGACUACCAGCCUGGAAUUACAUUCAUUGUAGUGCAGAAAAGGCAUCAUACCAGGCUGUUUUGUACAGACAAAAAUGAAAGGGUUGGGAAAAGUGGAAACAUUCCAGCAGGUACUACAGUGGACACAAAAAUCACCCACCCUUCAGAAUUUGACUUUUACCUGUGCAGUCAUGCUGGUAUUCAGGGAACAAGCAGACCAUCUCAUUACCAUGUUCUCUGGGAUGACAAUCGUUUCUCUUCAGAUGAACUUCAAAUCCUCACAUACCAACUGUGUCAUACGUAUGUACGCUGUACCCGCUCUGUUUCAAUCCCUGCACCAGCAUACUAUGCACACCUGGUUGCCUUCAGAGCCAGGUAUCAUCUGGUGGAUAAAGAACAUGAUAGUGCUGAAGGGAGUCACACUUCUGGUCAGAGCAAUGGCAGAGAUCAUCAAGCACUUGCAAAAGCUGUUCAGGUUCAUCAGGAUACAUUACGCACCAUGUACUUUGCCUGACAUUGCUGCAAUGAUUUCAGUAACUCAAUUCUGAGUUGGAUUCACAGGAGACCAGCUGCACUUAGACCAACAGUUGCGCAAGUUACAGUGACAGCCAGCAAUGAGUGAUGCAUCUUUUAUUUUUUUUAUUAAAAAAUUAUUAUAGUUUUUCCAUUUGCAAGGAAGCCUUCCGUCCGGAAUUUCAAACUGAAUUGCAAACUGCAGACCUGUACAAAAUUGUACGGCUGUUAGAAGUGUGGAUUUGCCAAAAUUAAAACUUGCUUGUCGGGAGAAAAGGAAAAAAAAUUAUCAAAACCCAUCUUUCAUAACUAUAUCUAGAGCUGUGAUCUCAGGGCUAAAAAAAAUACUGUUCAUUUAAUUAUGCCUUUCUCCAUAUAUACCUGUAUGUCCCUAAUCUGAAAGUACUCAAGUUCAGGUUUAAUGGGCUUGGGAAAAACUAUGAUUUUGCUUUUAUUCCUGAAAAGAGAACCAAACAUUAAUUUGAGUGCCAUUGAAGUAUUUUAUCAUUCUGGAUGCAUUCACAAAAGUUUAUUAUUGAAAUGCAAAAAGAGAGAAUCCUGGGUUGUCUUUAGCUGUCUUAUAGCGGAACAGUCUGUGGGGGUCUGUGGGCAAAAAAGUAUUUUUGGAAGCUUGCUCAUGAAUGUCUUUCAUUGUGCUGUCUUUAAUUUUUUUGUAGACUGAAUUACAGAUUUAUUUCAACUAGAAAAAGGAGCUUAUGUGUACUUUAGAGUAGGUCCAUUGAAAAAUUAGCAAAGUGUGCCAUUUAAAAAAAAAGAUGUAUUUUUCCUUUAAAAAUCCAUUUUGAUUACUAAUCAUGGAAUUGGUCCUAUAGGACUGUGACACUUAAUUUCCAAAGCUUUUCUAAAGAAUACGGGUCUGUGGUGAUACAGUACAAUCUUUUUCACUGUUAUGUUUGAAUUAAUGUAAAAUUUGUAUGUGUUUCACAGUAUUAACAUGACUAGAUGCUAUUUAUUUUUAUUUAGUGAGGAGUACUCAGCAUAGUUCUGUUAACAUAUCAUAAUGUUUUGGAUUUGAAAAUGAGAAACUUACCAAGUGGACACUAGUGAUUUGGGUCAGAACUCAUCAACCAUGGCUUUUGUAAGUCUCUGUUUAUUUUAACAGGCUUGUGUGGGAUACUUUACCCAUGAAUGGAGGAUAUAUUGUAGCAGUACUUUGUGUAAAAAUAGGAAUAUGCAACAGACUUACAUUGAGAGGUUGACCUGAUAUAUCUUUUAUAUAGCUUGUUUCAGGAAGGACAUGACUGGAUUGGGUAAAUUCUUCAGCUCUUAACUGUUUUUAGUUUUUGCAAAGGCAUGAAAGAACAGUUCUUGACUUAUUCAAGCACAAAUAUCAUUAUUCUGUUCAAUUAUCUGUAGAAAUGGAAGGAAAGAAAUCUGGCAUUUUACUUGUGGAGGGAUAUGUUAAUCUUAUGUUUUCAUAUGUUAACAUGAAAAGAAAAAGUGAGGGAGGAAUGGCAUUCUCUUUGGAGAGGUAUUAAUUCAAAGGCCUAGAAAUAAAAGCUUCUGUUUGUUUGUACAAUAUUAUUUGAAAUGACUUUUUAGAACCACCGUUGCAUGAAUGGUGCUAACAAGAACACUAAUAAGAUGCUAUAGCAGAAUGCCCAGGAAAUUUUGUUCCUAAUCUGAUUUCAUUGAACUUCAAUGACUAAAACAGAACAAAAAUCUAAACCCUUGGAUUGAGUCCUUUUUUCAGUAUUUUAAAAACCUUCCUAAGAUUAAUUCAGGUUUAUUUUCUUUCUUCUGAAAAGCAGAAUAGAUGCUUUUGUAAGAUAUGUUCUCAUUUCUCCAUUCAGUGAAGUGGGGAGAGUGGGAUCAGACUGUGUUAGAAAUAGGUUGAUAUUGCAGAACUGAUUGUCAAUGCCUGAGCAAGUAAGUGCUCAUUUCUUUUGUUGCCAAUAAUUUUUUAGGGGUCUAACUUGUGUUGUAUAUCUGUUGAAGUCUGCACUUAGUAAGCAGUGCCUCAUGUUGCCAAAUCGAUGUGGCUAGAACAACAGGCCUUUGGGGCAAGAGUUAUCUAUGGGGAGAAUAGGGCGCGGGGGCACAACACACGUGUGUCUUUCUGUACACUGCAGUUCUAGAUCCAGACUAGGGUCUGUCUCAUUCAGUUGUGGAAAGCCAAUUGCAACCUAUGUUCAGCAGUUGGUAUGUAGCUUUUUCUUUAUAGAGAACUUGCACUUUCCAGCUAGUGUUAGUGGAUAGACUAAAAUGUGAAGCCACAUUCACGUUUGGCCACUGUUCAUUUGAUGAGCAAGCUUGUUUUUAAAUGAUAAUAUCCUGCUUUUGAAAUUCUGUUGUAAUUAGCUGACUCCUUUGGGAUGUGGCUUAUGAGACAUUCUUUCCUUGUUUCUCCAUCACCUUGUACCUCCAUCAGAAAGAAAGAGGUGUGCAGAAAUGAUGGUAUCAUCGUUGUCUGCCCCUCUAGAACUGGGUGGCCAGGUCACAACAAAUUUGUCAUGCUUGUUGUUAAUUUGUAAAGAACAAAGGGAGUAGCUGCUAUUUUUAGAUGCUCUUUGGCACCCGUAUAGAUUUCUUUUUGCUAAUUUUCAAAUCAUUGAAACAUAUUCAUCAGUAUGCAGAUAUAUGCUAACAACUAUAGUUAGGAGCUUGUGCAGAUCCUUCUCCAAAGAAUUAAUGUUGUAUUUUUACUGACCCACGUGGCAAUUCUGAGUGCAUAUUUUUCUGUGUAGAAGGAGGGCUAUGGUUUCCUGAAACUUGGAUAUUAUUGUAUCAGAAAGGAGAAAUGCAUGUGGUUCUCUUUUAAUCUUGUGUACUGUAAUCUUAACAAUGGCUUUUACUCUCCCCCCUCCCCUAUUAAAUGCAUUGUAAACUAAUGCCUAGCAAAAUUCAGCAUGUGGGUAUGGAGGGAGGGGUGUAAAACUGUUUUGAGCAAUUGACAAUGCACUUUUAAAAGGUAGGGCACUCUGAAUAUGCACAGCAAUUGCUUUUUAUAAUAUAUGCAUAAACCAAAAUUCCAAAUUAAAACAAAGAAGUGGUCAUUUACUACAGUGACACUUGUAAGCACAGCAAUAUCUCAGGUGAAUGAUUUCAUACAAUUUUAUCCAAAAUAUUAUCCAUCAGAAUAAUAAUAGGGGAAGAGUUUACAGCAAGUGAGAGUGAAUCUAGGAUUUUGACAUAUACCUGGCAUUCUUUUAAAAUCAGAUUGUUUUAGUUUUAAAAUUACUUCAAAUGUAAACUUACCUUGUGACUAAUAUGGUUGGAUUUUUUUUUCCUUUUUGAAUAAGCCUAGGAAAUUGUCAUUCUAAUCUGAUUUUAUUUGGUUUCAUUAGAAAAAUUUGCAUCUGAUGGAUUGUCAUGGUUUUUUUCUUUCUAAAAAGUUUUCCCAAAUUGGUUAAAAUUGGCACUGACGUUCAGUUGCUAAAAUUACAUUGCUUGUUAUUGCACCAGUCUUUUUUUGUAUUUCACUCUUAAGGAGUUUUCUGUAAGAAUUAGAAUGUCUUUCACAUUUAUCUAUGCCAUUACUAGUUUGAUGCUUAAAAACUCAUAUAGCAUCUUGGUAUGGAAGAGCAAGAGGCUGAUAUCUAAGCUCUGUUAACAUGAAGCUUUGCCUUUGCCUUUUCAUUACAGAAACUUCAUAAAGUAGAAAGCUUUAAGAAAAUGAAACACAUGGAGCCAUAUGCAUGAUGGAGAUUUGACAGCAGUAGCCUGUUUGCCACUUUCCUUGUUCUAAAUUUCAUCAGCAUCAAAAAAAUAAAAGAAAAAAUACAGCAUUUGAUAGCAAUGCUGCUAUUGCAUUGUGCAAACCAGUAAUGAAGCCAUUUUACUUUUUAAAAAAACACAUGUACUAUAAAUUGGUCUCUUGUGCCUUUUAAACACACUUUUCCCCCCGAUGACGAAAGCACUCCUGUCUUCUGUAGCACAUAAGAUUGCCACUGCUGCCCUUUGCUCAGAGGCUGUGCUUUGUGGGCCAGAAAUGAAGACAGGUGUAGGAACGGAAAGCCAUGGGCGACUCUCCUCUGGCUCUUGGAGUUGCUGUCAUAAUUAGGUCUUGGUUUGAGCCCAGCCAAUUUCUUUGCAUGUCCUCUUCAGCUUCAGUCUGAACCAUAGAUUCAAUUGAGCUACCUAGCAAAACAGCUGAAGCCCAGUUUAAAUUUAUUAUGGUAACAGCUAGACCAUUGCAAUAGCUUGGUCACAUUUUUAAAAAUCCAAUUUGUUUAUUGGGGGAGUAAUUUUUGACUAAUUUCUAAUAUAUAUUGUGUAACUGCAAAUGAAGUCUGCAAGUUGGGUUGUGUUGGAGUUAUUGAAGGUGGGUUCUUGACAUUGUCUCUGCUCUUGAUUCCUCCCUGCUUUUGUCUACUUUGCACAAGCUGAACAUUCUGUCGGGCUGCUCCUGUGUUUACAGCUAGAUUCUAAAAAGCCUUUGCAUGCGCCCGAAAUUCUAAUCACACAUCACAGUAGACAUCUAAAUAUAAGUGGGUUGUAGAAGCAACAUGAGGAGAUAAGAAGUAUGUAUCUUCUGUUUUUGUGCUUCAGGUUGUUGGAUAUGGAGGAGGUAUGCAUUUCUUCAAACAUUAAAAUAGGGAAAAGACCUUUGCUUCUGCUCACCAUGACAUAGAUGUAGCUGAAUAGUCCCAUCAGAGCCUUUAAAAAGAAUACCAGAAAAAUUGGAUUAGAAAUAUCCAGUAAAAUUUCAGAAUACUAGUAAGAGCACCAAGCCUUAUCUCUUAAAGGUUAUAAUAGUCCCCUAUCCCUCUUCCUGCCAUGAAAAUUGAAUUUGUCUUCAUUGUCCCUUUCCCAUGCUGAAUUUUGAAGAAUGGUUGGAACACUGAAAGUUGCCUUAUGCCAGUCAUCUGGUCCAGAAUUUUCUACUUUGGCAGGGGCUUAACACAGCCUCAAGUAGAGGUCUUUCAUAUCACCUGUGAUUGAUUGUGGUUUUUAGGUUUGUGUGUAUUUUGUUGUUGUUGCUGUUGUUGUUGUGGUUGUUGUUGAACUGGAGGUAUGUGAGAUAAAACCCAGGAUCCUUUACUUGUCAAGUUUGUGCUCUGCCACUCAGCUCUGCCCUUACUGAAAAGUCAUCAAAUCUUUUUGAUCAACCUGUGAGACCUUUCCUCCUAUCCCUUGAUGUUUUGGGCAGCAGGAACAAGACUGAGCCUUUUGCUUAGAGGAUUAUAAAUUGUCAUGUAGCUGUGUCUGAUUUAACCAGAGAACAAACUCCUAUGGCAUUUCUUAAGCCAUAACAUCUUUAACAUAUGAAAAAGAAUGUAAAUAUGUGUGUCUCUAGUCAUCCAUAGUUGUAGAUUCUAUAGCAUCUUUUCAUUAGAGUACAGUAUAUUUCUUCAAAAACAGAUUUUCCUUUUGUUUAAAUGAUAGCUUUGUGUUCAAAAGGCCGUUGAUUGUGGCGGAGACCAUGCAGUAUAUUUUGUUGUACCCUUGUACUUUUUGACAACUUGCUUCUAAAGGCCUCCUAGCCAUCAUUUCUAGGAGAAAACUCAAGCAGGAUGUAAUUGCACUGAUUAUUCUAACUUUCUUACUGUAAUGGACUUUCUGUUGGCAUCUGCUGUAGUUAUUGGACUAAUAGUGUACAUAGUGUUAGGUCUAACCAAGAGGGAAACACUCUGUGUUCAUUGCUGUAUUUCUAGAGUGAAAAGGCCCACUUUACAGUAUUAAGGAGAUGAACUCAAUGCACAUAUGAUUUUCUGGAUUUUAUCCAUUUAGUGUUUAGCUGCAAAUCCUUGGAGGGCAGAGGUUGCUUCUUUUGCUUUGUGUAUUUUGUUGGAUUUUUAUCUGCCUUCACUCCAUGGUUACUUCCCUAUCCUUCUCCAAAAUGCACUUUGUUUACAGAACACCUUCCCCUGCUCCAGUCACCUUGUUCUCAAAUGC